AUGAGACGAAUCGAUAUGCCAGGCAGUUCCUCAAUAGAAUCAAUGUUCCCUCAGGAUCCAGAACAACAGAGUGGAAGGCAACCACAGUUUCAGAAAGGAGCUAGGGAUCAAACCGAUAAAGAAGAAAUAAAGAAGAAUGGUCUUGGCCACGUCGUGAUUCAUAAAUUAUUGAAUAUGGGCAAUUAUUUUAUGAAAGGCUAUCACGUGGUAGCAGACAACUUUUUUACAAGCAUUCCCUUAGCAAGAGCACUGUUUGAAAAAGGGACAUAUCUGACUGGCACAAUCCGCAGCAACAGGAAAUAUAUUCCAUCAUUUAUGAAGACUAAAUUGCAAGAGGGCGCAUCUAAGUACGCCCGAAAUAAUGAAGUCUUACUAUUAGCGUACCGGGAAAAAAAGUCGCAGAAGAAAAAUGUUUUACUGAUGUCCACAUUUGAGAAGGCUCAGAACAAAACGACUACAAUCAGGAAAAGGAAUGCACAAAUACAGGUCGAAAAACCAGCAAUCGUAGCUGAAUAUAACAAACACAUGGGAGGCGUAGACACGUCAGACAUGAUGCUAUAUUCAUACUUAGAUGAAAGAAGAGCCAUCAAAUAUUGGAAAAAAGUAGUUUUCUCCAUUUUCUCCCGAAUGGUGUUGAAUGCCUACAUAUUAUAUCGGCACAAUACAGACGGCAAAACCAAAACAAGACUGGAAUUCAUUACUGAUGUUAUCCAGUCGAUAACCACUGAAUGGUUGGCACUAAAGAGGAUAGCACACGACACACCAUUAGCGGAAACUUCAACAAAUGUGCCCCGCAUAGGUGUACGGAAACUGCCUGAAAAACUGGAAAGGGUUUGCGUGGUGUGCAGCAGAAAGGAUGGUGGCCCAAAGAGAAAAUCACGCACAGUUUGCAAUAAGUGCAACAAAGGAUUGCAUGGAGUGUGCAUUAGUAGCCACGAAUGCUAA